AAAACACACUGUUCUAUAACUGCAUCUAACAUAAUUUGUGAACGGCACUUCAAGAAAGAAUUUCUUUCUGGACUAAAACGAAAAAGAUUAAAAAUAAAUGCAGUACCAACGGAAUUUUUACAAGUAGAUCCAUUGGAAGAACUAAAUGCUCUAAUAAAUUUAUACGGACAAGUCAAGGCUGGUUGCAGAGAUGAAAUAGCUGUAAGAGAAGACGCAAGUUCCAGCAUUACACCUGAUGUGCACAUUGCGUCUAACCCUGCAGAAGAAAUAACUGUAAGAGAAGACGCAAGUUCCAGCAUUGUACCUGAUGUGCACAUUGCGUCUAACCCUGCAGAAGAAAUAGCUGUAAGAGAAGACGCAAGUUCUAGCAUUGCACCUGAUGUGCACAUUGCAUCUAACCCUGCAGAAGAAAUAGCUGUAAGAGAAGACGCAAGUUCCAGCAUUUACAGCGUAAAUGCAUGUGUUGUACUUGACCCUGCAGAAGAGACGAUGCAUAUAAAUGAUUAUAUUACUACAAAUGAGUCAAAUAAUCAAGAAUCACAAAUAAACAUUCUUAAAGCAGAUAAUAAACGGUUGACAGAUCUUGUGCAAUCAUUGAAAGAUGAUUAUACUAAAAAAUUAAAAAAUCAGGCAGAUAUGUUUCACCAUUUGUUACGGGAGCAGAAGAAUGUUAUGAAAAAAAAACUAACAUCUGCUUUAAUGAAAGGAAAAUUAUUGAAUCGGCAAAAAAAAAGAUUAAAUGCAAAGAUGACUGAGCUAUUAAAAAAAGCCAAGGAGAAAAAAAUAUUACAUGAAGAAUCUUAUGAUAUUUUAAAUAGUGAGUUUGAAAGUACAUUUAAACACAUCGUACAAAAUGAAAAAUUAAACAAAAAUAGAGUGUGUCAAGGCAAACGGUAUAAGGAAGAGGUAAAAAAAUUUGCAUUGACGCUAUAUUAUCAUUCUCCUAAAGCUUAUUACUUUUGUCGGUAUGUAUGCAUGUUCUUUUAUUUCAUCCAUCAACAUUUCCGCACUCUACUGGUAAAAGAUCUGCAUUUUUCCUAAAAUCUCAGGCAAUAUAUAUGUCAAAAGGAUGGCUCAUAGAUGUGUGUUUUCGGCAUAG